AUGAACAGCGAUGAGAUGAACAGCGAUGAGAUGAACAGCGAUGAGAUGAACAGCGAUGAGAUGAACACCGAUCAGAUGAACAGUGAUGAGAUGAACACCGGCGACGAUCAACGAAGACGACCACCGACGAUGAGCACCGACGAUGAGCACCAACGAUGA